CAACUGGGUUCUGACAGCUGUCAUCAAAGCUUGUCACUGUUAAAUGUCAUGUCAAACUAUUUGUUGAAACAGCUGAUUAGCAUUUUUGCCUAGUUUGCAUUUAAUAUUAUUUCAACAACUGUGGCCUUCAAUUACGGUAACAAAAUCAUUUUUGUUAUAAGAAGUCUGCUUAUAAUAAACGGGUAUAUUAUUAUCUCUAAACUUCGUAGUUACAGUAAUUACAUUACGGAGAUGGAGUCAUCAAAGACCGAUUUUCCAGUUUUAAAAAACGAUAGACUCCUUCGUGCAGCGCUUGGUAAGGAAGUGGAUAAAGUUCCUGUAUGGGUUAUGCGACAGGCCGGUAGAUAUUUGCCAGAAUUCCAAGAAGUACGAGCCAAACAUGACUUCUUCACAGUCUGUCGCACCCCAGAGCUGGCGUGCGAGGUUACGCUCCAACCACUCCGAAGAUACGAUCAUUUAGAUGCAUCAAUAAUUUUCAGUGACAUACUUGUUAUACCUCAAGCACUUGGGAUGACUGUAGAAAUGCACCCAGGCGUGGGACCUGUUUUCCCAAAACCCCUGCAAGAUCCAUCUGAAAUAGAUUCUCUGCAAGAAAAAGGCGCUGUUGCUAGGCUGGAGUAUGUUGGGGCUGCAAUCACAUUGACUCGGCAUAGAAUUAAUGGAAAAGUACCUUUAAUAGGGUUCACUGGAGCUCCGUUUACAUUGAUGGGUUACAUGAUCGAAGGUGGCGGGAGUAAGACAAUGAGCAAGACAAAAGAGUGGCUUCAAAAGCAUUCAACUGAUGUGCAUAAACUCUUAAGACUUCUUACAAAUGUUAUUAUAGAUUACUUAGUUAUGCAGGUUGUAAGUGGGGCUCAGUUGCUACAAGUAUUUGAAUCAUCAGCGGACCAUCUUACUAGAGAACAGUUUAUUGAAAUAUCAGCACCAUAUUUAAAAGACAUAAGGGAUGGAGUUAGAAGAAAGCUUACAGAAAAAUCAUUAGAACAAGUGCCUAUGACAAUUUUUGCCAAAGGUGCCGGAUAUUCCUUAGACAUACAAGCACAGAUGGGAUAUGAAACAAUUGGAUUAGAUUGGACAGUAGACCCUGUGGAAGCUAGAAAGAUUGUGGGUGACAAUAUAACACUGCAAGGCAAUCUCGAUCCCCAAGAUCUAUACAAAAAACCAGAAGAUAUAAAAGCUAUGACAAUCGAUAUGGUGCGGAAAUUUGGCAAACACAGGUACAUCGCCAAUUUGGGACAUGGAAUCACUCCUCAAACGCCCUUGGAAAGCAUGACUGCGUUCACAGAGGGCGUACAUGAAGCAUUUUAAAACAUUAUGUAUUACAUUACAAUAUUUUUGGUUUUUGUUAUGGUUGGGAAUAAAAAAUGAAUAUGUUUAUUAAA